AAGAAAAUCCGUCCUGUAAGAAAUCGUCCUACUAAAAGUUCUAACCCUAUGAAGAGAAUAUCUGUAGAAGUACGAAGUGAAUAUACAGAAGUUACUACAGGACUGGCUGAAAAGGAACUCAAACGACUCAAAACUGAAAAAAUUUCUAAAGAUGUAGGAUUUGCUGAAGAAGCACUGGCAGGGUUAGCUAGUAAAGAGAAUUUCUCUAAAGUAGCAUUGAGGAAAACAGACGCUACAUCGACACCUGGCAGUAAAGAUAGACUGGAUCCCUUUAAAGAUAAUAUGUUACUACAUGUUAAAGGUCGUAGAAAUGUACAGACGAGAUUAGUGGCGCCUACCAGUCUAUCUAUCAACAGUGGAGAUUGUUACGUACUUAUUACUCCAGACAAAAUCAUCAACUGGGUCGGAACGUUUAGUAAUGUCAUAGAAAAAGCAAAGGCAGCAGAUAUAACAUCAUUUAUUCACACCAAACGAGAUAUGGGAUGUAGGUCAGGGACGUCUGUAGCCACCAUAGAGGAGGAGAAACAACGAUUAGGAGCUGGAAAACAUUUCUGGGCAACUCUCGGAGGACAACAAGAUUAUCAGGCCGUAGGUCCUGAGGAAGAAGAUGAGAUCUAUGAAACAUUGAUUAAUAAAACCAACAUGGUGUAUAAAUUAGUAGAUAACUCACUCUUACCUUACCAAGAAUACUGGGGAGCCAUCUUGAAAUAUGAUAUGUUACAUCCUGAAUUAACAUUAGUAUUUGAUUUUGGCUCUGAGUUGUAUCUGUGGUUAGGAAAGAAAGUUUCUCCUGAGGAACGUAAAGUGGGGAGAAUUUUAAGUCAACAAUUAUGGGAGAAAGGAUAUGAUUAUAGCAGCUGUGAUAUUAACCCUUUGUGUCCGUUACACAACACUGGAGGUGUUCCAAUCAAAAGUACCACUCGUCCAGAUUGGGCCUUAUUUGGUAAAGUUCAUCAAGGCAUGGAAACCAUCCUAUUUAAAGAGAAGUUUUUCGAUUGGCCUGAUAGUGCUAGAAUAAUCAAGGUCAAGGGUCAAGAUGCAGACACAGAAAAGAAAGUGGAACUAGUAGAACUUCAAGCUUAUGAUGUCUCUAAGAUGGUUCCUGCUAAUACCUCACCUGUCACUCUGGUUUUAGAGGGUUCCAAUGUUGGCAGAGGCACCAAAUGGUUAGAAGAUAUGCAGGGUUUUAUAAAACAAACUGAUAUUAUAACAUGUGGUGUUAAUGUCUGGCAUGUUAUGGAGUAUGAUCAUUAUAAACUACCAGAAACAUGCUAUGGUCAAUUUCACGAGGGGGAUACCUACGUAGUUCGAUGGCAGUAUAUGGUCUCUAAUGCUGGAUUGAAAUCUCUAAAAGGUCAGGCAGCACGGAAUACACUAACAGGCAGAGAGAGAUGUGCCUAUUUUUUCUGGCAGGGAUCAGAAUCUACCAUCAAUGAGAAAGGUGCCUCAGCUCUGAUGACAGUUGAAUUGGAUGAAGAAAGAGGUCCUCAGGUACGAGUAAUUCAGGGAAAAGAGCCGCCAUGUUUUCUUAAUUUGUUUAAUGGGAGUAUGAUGGUUCACAUUGGAAAACGGGAAGAAGAGGAAUCCAACACCCAGGGACCGUGGAGACUUUAUUGUGUUAGAAACGAACAUGAAAACGAACUAAUGUUGUUAGAAAUUAACUUGUGUAUAGAUAAUUUACGGAGCAGGUCUUCGUUCGUGUUGUUAAAUGUGAAAACAGGACAUUUGUAUAUUUGGAAUGGAUGUAAAUCUCCUCAACAUACCCGUCAACAGGCUCGUCGUGCAGCUGAUAAACUCAAAAUACAUUGUCCCUUAGAAGUUGGUCUGCAUACAGACGCUAGUAUAAUGAUAUCAGAAAUGGAAGAAGGGGAGGAGAAAUCUCAGUUUUGGGGAGCUGUAGAAAGUCGAGACAGAACUCGUUAUAUGUCUUUACUAGACAGUGGGCGAAGUCUAGAACAUUCAGUACGUCUGUUCUAUAUGACCAGUGUGUCUGGUAUUUUCGAGGUAGCAGAAAGAUUAAAUCCAUGUCGUACUGACGAAUUCUAUACUCCAUUUCCAUUUUUACAGUCUGAUCUAUAUAAAGUUUCUCAACCAGCUCUGUUCCUAGUUGAUAAUCAUUAUGAAGUAUAUCUGUGGCAGGGUUGGUGGCCAGAAGGUAAUGAAGAGGAAGGUAAUGUCCAUACAGGAUCAGCUCAUUCCAGGUUUAAUAUUGAUAGAAAAUGUGCUCUACAAACCACCAUUAAUUAUUGUAAAGGUUUUAGAAGUCGAAUGCCCAAUAUGUACAUAGUAUGUGCAGGGGUUGAACCCCAACAAUUCACCAAUAUAUUCCCAUAUUGGGAGGUGGAUGAAACAGCCAAAGAACUCAAUAUGAGGGAUGGUAAACAUGAAGGUUAUUUGGAAUCGGCUGAAGAAAUGUUGAGUAAAUUAUCCAGAACGCAAUAUUCUCUGGAAGAAUUGCAGGAACGACCUUUACCUGAAGGUGUUGACGCCUCCAAGCUAGAGUCAUAUCUAGAUGAUGAAACUUUUGAGAAUAUUCUACACAUGUCAAAAGAGGACUUCUACAAACUACCCUCGUGGAAACAAAGACAGUUAAAACAACCCACUGGUUUAUUCUAAAAUCACCAUGGAAACACUAAAUAGUUUAUUCUAGAAUCACCAUGGAAACACCAAAUAGUUUAUUCUAGAAACAAUAAUUAGUUUAUUCUCGAAUCACCAUGGAAACAAUAAUUAGUUUAUUCUAGAUUCACCAUGGAAACACUAAUUAGUUUAUUCUGAAUCACCAUGGAAACAUUAAAUAGUUUAUUCUAGAAUCACCAUGGAAACAAU